AGGGGUACACGCUUUCUACCUGCGCUUCACAGAGAAUGGAGGAGCAACCGGCGGAACAAGAGAGCCCUCGACCGGAGCUUUCCUCCACUGCGCGGAAGAAUCCCUCUCCCGAACCCAUGGUCGACUGCGCUUCAGCCGCGUCGUCUUCUCCCCUCAUGCACCACCGUUCCACCUCUUCCGCCUCCCUCCUCCCCUCCUUCCCGCCCUCCUUCCCGCCCUCCUUCCCGCCCUCCCUCACCAUCGACACCAGCGGCAGCCACAAGCCACGUCGAAGCAGCCCGCUCGCCACCCCUUCGGCUGGGAGAGAGGGCGGGAAGGAGGGCGGGAGGGAGGGCGGGCUCGGACGUCUCUCCCCCCUCUCCCCCCCAAGGCCGGCAUUCCCCUCUCCUCCUCGCGCUCCACCAACAUCUUCCCCCCGACAACCUUGCCCUUCCGCCCACACACGAGGCAUCAUUGCUCCCUGUAAAAACCGAGGCGUCAUUGCCUCCCAGACAGCAU